AUGAGACGACCGUUCAACGGCGCUGCGAACCCAGCGCGGAUAAAGAACACAAUCCAUGGGUUCCAGGGGUUCAUCAUCUUCCUGGCGUGGGCGCUAACCAUCGCCGUCUUCACGAAAGGCGACGGCAUGGACGGGCGGUCGCUUUGGUACUGGGCGCUGUGCUGGGUUACCGUCCCCGCCCUGAUCUACCUCGUCGCUGUUCCCAUGUGGCCGCGCGCCCGGCGCUUCGGCAACGUCUACGCGUUCGCCACGAUCGACUGCCUCUUCACGAUCUUCUGGUUCAGCGCCUGGGUGGCCGUGGCGGACUAUGUCGCUGAGGGUAAAUCCAAGGGGAAAACGGACAGUAAAAGUGGCUGCGAUGCCUGGUCCUACGGGAGUGCCAGCAAGUGCGAGAUCAGCACGGCGACCGUCAUUCUGGGCGUGGUUAUUUUCCUUCUCUUCAUUGCGACCUCCUGGCUGUCCUUCCGCAACGUCUUCCACUUCCGCCGCACCGGCACCCUCCCUGAUAUGGGCAACGAUCCGACCUUCGCCGCCCAGACACAGGAUGCCUUCUCCUCCAAUCCGCACGAAUUCGAGGACGACGAAGAUGAGUUCCGCUCCGGCCGCGCCGAGAUGGGCGUCCCUCCCUCGCGCGGCGACCGCGACGAAGACUACGCCCUUCUGCAGCACAGUGAGAUCGACGACCUGGGCGGCCGCUCAGCCCUGCAGGGCGCCUACGAUCCCACCGCCCCAGCCCCGGGGGGUGUCCUCCACGACUAUAACACGGGCUACGGCGGCGCUCACGGCCAGCACUACGCCCCGCCGUCCGAGUACGAGCCUACAAGUGAAUACGGGCGUUAG